AUGGCUUCUCUCUCUCCUCUCUCUCCUCUCUCUCCUCUCUCUUCUUCUCUUCCGUGCUUGAUCGUUCCGAGUUCCGCGUCCCUUGCAGGCGAAUCCAGCGAGCGGCGCGACUCUCGAGGCUCAUUGCAUGCACUGACGGAGGGUGUGCACGUGGCGGGGAGGCGGACGGGAGUCGAGUUUCUCGACAGCGUCGACGUACUUCUCUUCGACUGUGACGGGGUUCUGUGGCACGGCGACAAACUCCUUCCAGGAAUCAAGAAGUUGUUCGACGCGUUCGCCGGCGAUGGAGAGAGACGCGCAAAGCGCGCGUCGCAACAGAUCGAGAGAGGGACGCAAAAGAAAAUCUUCUUCUUAACCAACAACAGCACGAAAAGCCGCAAAGGCUUCUUGAAGAAACUCGAGGCCCUCGGCCUGCAUGCAAAGGAAGAACAAAUCAUCUGCAGCUCUGUCGUGGCCGCCUGGUACCUCCAGGAGAGACGCGCCCAGAAAGCAAAGGAGAAAGAAGAGACAGAGAAGAGAGACAAGACAGAGAAGAAAGGGAAGAAAGAGGGGGAGGCCCCAGAGCCUGAUGAUUCACUUGUCUACGUCAUUGGCGAGCAAGGGCUUUUGGAAGAGCUCCACAACCACGGCUUCAAGACGCUCGGUGGACCCUCGGACGGCGAGAUAGUGCUCGACUUCCAGAAGGACAAAGACCUCGCCGUUGAUUUCAGGCAAGCUUCUCAACCUCAGCGCGACGUCGGAACAGUCGUGGUUGGGCUCGACCGCUGCUUCAACUACUACAAGCUGCAAUACGCGCAGCUGUGCAUAAACUUCAACGGCGCCUUCUUCCUCGGUACCAACAGAGACGCUCUCGGAAAUUUCACUCCGUCGCAGGUUUGGGCGGGUGCCGGGGCGAUGGUCCAGGCAGUCGAAGCAGCGACAGGGAAGAAGGCGGAAGUUGCCGGGAAGCCUUCCAACAUCCUGCGCGAGUAUCUUCUCACCCACGUCCUCGGCUCAACGCCCCUCGAUCGCGUCUGCCUCGUCGGAGACCGCCUGGACACAGACAUCCGAUUUGCGCAGCGGCUAGGCGUGCGCAGCGUUCUCGCUCUCACAGGCGUCACCGAUCCAACUUUGCUCCUUCGCCACAUUCAGAAACGGCAAGCAUGCACGCAAGGACACGCAGAGAAAGGCGGUGAAGACCCGGCAGGCGUCACGGGACAAGUACCGAGAAGCACGGCGCUCCAGCGUCCAGCGGGCGAGGGGCUGAACGGCCAGCAGGGCGAAGCGGGCAGACAAGAGAAGGCAGAAAGAGACGGGAGAGAGCCAAACGAAGGGAGGAAGAGGAGACGGAGCGACGAAGGCCACAUGGCAGAUGUCCAGGACCGUGUCCCGGAGUUUGACUACAUCGUUCCCGACUUUGUCAUUGCAACUGCUGCACACCUCAUCGAGUAG